GCGAUUUCGGCGGCGAUGCGUGGCGUCGGCCGAAGCGCGCGGCUGUGGCUGUGGCCGUGCGGAGGCGGCCCGGGGCGCGGCGGGAGGCGAGCCAUGGCCGAGGCGGCCGGCCCGAUGGGCCAGAGGAUCGUCUGGGUGGACCUGGAGAUGACCGGACUCGACAUCGAGAAGGAUCAGAUCCUUGAGAUGGCCUGCCUUGUCACAGAUUCAGGCUUGAACAUCUUGGCUGAAGGUCCUAACCUGAUCAUUAACCAGCCUGAUGAAUUGCUUGACGGCAUGUCAGAAUGGUGCAAACAGCAUCACGGGAAGUCCGGUCUUACCAAGGCAGUGAAAGAGAGCACAAUUUCCCUGCGCCAGGCAGAAUAUGAGUUUCUGUCUUUCAUCCGACAACAGACUCCACCAGGGCUCUGCCCUCUUGCAGGAAACUCUGUUCAUGCCGACAAGAAGUUUCUCGACAAGCACAUGCCGCAGUUCAUGAAGCAUCUCCACUAUCGGAUCAUCGAUGUCAGCACUGUGAAGGAACUCUGCAGGCGCUGGUACCCUGAGGAGUAUGAGAUUGCUCCGAAGAAGUCUGCAUCUCACAGAGCCCUUGAUGACAUCCGGGAGAGCAUCAAAGAACUCCAGUUCUACAGGAAUAGCAUCUUUAAAAGGAAAACAGACGAAAAGAAAAGAAAACUGGUGGAAAACGGCGAAAGUGAAAAGUCUGUUAGUUGAUCCUGCAUCCUGAUGCUUUAGAAAGAACUCAGGAGUCCGGGGGAAUCUCCUGCUGAAGAACAGUCUCCCUUCAGUUCCUUUGCUUUCUCAAAACGGUAGCAUGACUGAACACGAGAUGCGACAGGCGUUCAAGGCCUGGGUUGGGGGCAGGCGCCUUUGACAUCCGAUGGUGGUUCAGUUCAGAAGUGCAGAGUAUCUUUUGUAAUUGGACAGUUUGCUUCAUCUGGUCAGACACCCUCUUUCGUUACAGAAUAAAAUCAGCCUCGCUGAACGAU